CAUGCAAGAGAAGCACCUGAAGGAUUCCAAAAAACGGAAAGCUGGGAAUUCACAUCACACAGGCCAUUGUGGUUCAUUGAUCUUCCGGGCUAGUUGCGUCCUGCCGCGUGUUUUCUCGGACUCGUGAACUCCAGAAGGCCAAAAGCUACUCACUUGCCAAGGAUGUCAACAGAGGACACCAUGCAGACGGAUCCGCCGUGCCAUGUUGAAAAGCUCCGGGACCUAUUUGAAAGCGCAGAGUUCAGCGAUGUUACCUUUGAGGCCUCUGAUGGGACCAAGAUUCCUGCACAUCGCAACAUCAUCUCAAUGUGGUCUCCUGUGCUGAAAGCCAUGUUCGACAGUUCGUUUGUUGACGGAAACCAGAAUUCAGUUGUAAGAAUAAAUGGCAUGGAUGGCUCCACAUUGAGGCUGCUCCUGUCAUUUAUGUAUGGCUUCGAGGUCAACCUUUCUCCAGAGUCUGUCAAGGAUGGACUUGCUGUGCUUGAAGCAGCACAUAAAUAUGAUGUUGCUGAGCUGACGAGCAUCAUGGACUCGAAGCUGUGUGAGAUGGAGGUCGAUGCCGAAUCACUUAUUGAUGUGCUGAAAACAGCCGAUCGAGUGGGUGCAGGAAAGACCAAACUUGCCAUGUUCAAUCACAUUGUUGAUGACUUCGAGCACGCACAAAGUCAAAAGCUUGUGCAGGAUAUGAUCUUGAGCUUGGAUCAGCAUGACAGGGAGCUUGCAGCAGAGCUUGUUGGCAUUGUUUGGCGGGCCUAUAUUCCAGAGGAAUAGGCUGGUAGCUUAAAGCAAGGAUCUCAACGUGCACGGAAUCAAAUCCAAGAGGUUUCGAAUCAGGUUGGCAAAAUGAGCGAAACAGUAACAUCAGCUUUCCAACACUCCUCACUCCUCUCACUUUUUGCGACUUGCUGCUACCAAGCUUUUCGGGCUUGAUUUCCUGCUUCUUGUGUUUCUUCCUUUAAAUGUACUGACUGGUUAACUAAAUGUUGGACGUAUGA